AUGCAAUCCACUCACGACGGCGGCGGUAAAGUAGGAGGUGGGUUGUCUCAGAACCGUUCAGCUCCGGCGACGUGGAUUGAAACCCUACUCCAGGAUGAUGAAGAAGACGAUUUGAAACCUAAUCUCUGUUUAACUGAGCUUCUCACCGGAAACUCGUCCAGGAUAACGAGUCGUGACUCGUUUGAGUUCCCGAGUGAUGUUGAGCAGGGAUUGUACAAUCACCAAGGUGGGUUCCAACGUCAGAACAGCUCUCCUGCGGAUUUUCUCAGUGGCUCUGGUGCUGGGAGUGAUGGGUUUUUCUCAAACUUUGGGAUACCGGCGAACUACGACUACUCGCCGCCGAACGUUGACAUUUCUACGGCGAGUAAACGGUUGAGGGAGUUCUCUUCUCAGUUGAAAGAAGAGCAAAUGAGUGGUGGUGUAUCAGGGAUGAUGGAGGAUAAGCUUCUUGAGGACUCUGGUCCUUUUAGAGUUCGUGCUAAACGCGGCUGUGCAACUCAUCCUCGUAGUAUUGCUGAGCGGGUGAGGAGAACGCGAAUAAGUGACCGGAUCAGGAGGCUGCAAGAACUUGUUCCUAACAUGGAUAAGCAAACCAACACUGCAGACAUGUUAGACGAAGCUGUGGAAUAUGUGAAAGCUCUUCAAAUCCAGAUCGAGGAGUUGACAGAGCAGCAGAAGAGGUGCAGAUGCAAACCUAAGGAAGAAAAAUAAGGUUUCCUAUAUAUAUAUAUACAUGUAUUUUUUUAAAUCUAUGAAUGGUGAUGAUCUGUUCGAAAUUUCGAAACUUGAUCUACCAAAAUUUGAUUAUUUGAUGUGUGGCUUUAGCUGUAAAUUGUUUGUACAAUAAGGUAAAACGUCUUGAAGAAUAAAAAAUAUGGAUAUUCGUUAUGGAA